GCUCCGCUCCGCUCCAGCUCUCCCUGUGCUCUCCAAUAAAGCGCUUUUUGUCCAGGGGAGUCGGCACUUGAGCGCAUUCCUUGACGUGGAGGCUGGUCUACCUCUCUCUGACUACUUGAUGAAGACCGCUCUUGAUAGCCCAGGUCAAUACACGUCCACGGACAGGAAAGAAAAGAAAAAUACUUUUGUUUAUUCUUGCGAGAUCGUGCGCACACGGAAAACUACCAGCUUUGGAGUUAACAUCGGUGAAGUGCUCUGUUUGGAUACGGACACAAGCGCGACAGCGCUCUUACAGCUUCACAUCUACAAAGUUACGGGUGGAAAAAAAAAAAAGCAACUGAAGUAGAAGAAGAAGAAGAAGUGGGGAGUAGGGGUAGAAGAGGAAGCAUCGUGACUGGGUAAAGCAUGGCCCAAGAGAGAUUCUGCACCAUGAAGGUCUUUCUCAGUCCAUUGAUGUCCCUUCUGCUCCUCCUCAUCCUUCCUGACGGCCUCCUUUCCAGCAACUGUCCACAGGAUUGCUUGUGCUCCAAUCCAGGGAACAUUUUAUGCUCCCGAAGACGCUCCUCUACCAUUCCUGGCAAAUUGGACUCAUCAACCAAAAACCUCUUCCUGUUUGCAAAUGGGAUUGAAGGCAUUGCAGCUGAGGACUUCAAUGGACUACUUAACUUGGAAAUGCUGGAUCUGAGUCAAAACAAACUUACUGAUCUUCCUGAAAGAGUGUUUGAGCCAUUGAGCUCUUUAAAAAAUCUGGACUUGUCAUCCAACCAGAUCACCUACAUUUCAGAAAAAUGCUUCCAUGGAAUGCCGCAGCUGGAGCGCCUUUAUUUGUACAGCAAUCAUAUAGAAAAGAUCCAUCCAGCUGCAUUUAAUGGCUUGGAGAACCUUCUGGAACUCAAAUUGCAAGGUAAUGUGUUGACAACUCUGCCCCUCCUCUCAUUACCCAAACUACUACUGCUGGAUCUGCGUUUUAAUGUCUUGCCCUCGUUAAAUACUUCCAAGCUUCAGACCCCCAACCUGGAGUCACUCAGACUUGGUGGUGUUGGACUUACCAGCCUAAAUAAUGAGCUUAUAAGAAAUUUAAAGAAUCUUCAUGAAUUGGACAUUUCAGAAAACAAACUCGAGUCUUUCCCCUCAGCACUAAAAGAGACACCAGGGCUGUUUCAUCUUAAUCUUGCUGGCAACCCAAUGGGCCCUCCAAAGAUUGAGGACCUGCAAAACCUUGGUGAGUUAACAGAGUUGGACAUAAGCAGUCUCAGUAUACAAGGUCUUCCUGAGGAGUUUUCCCAGCUCUUCCCCCAUUUAGAAAAACUAGCAAUUGCCGAAAAUCCCUUCAACUGUCUUUGCAACCUAGCAUGGUUCCCAAGAUGGCUUAGAGCGCAGAGCAUCACCCUGGAGAGAACAGAGGAGACACGCUGUCAUUUUCCACCCAUCAGUGCUGGAAAAGUAUUAAAAAGACUGGAAACAAGGGAUUUUGGCUGCCCAACCACAACUGCAAUGACAACUACUACUGUCAAAACUACAACUACCACCCUGCCUGCUCCUGUUACCACAUUACCAACUACUACCAGACCUAUCCAAGUCCCCAGAGCCAGUGAAAAGACACCUAGCAAAGGUGGUGAUGUUCCUCUGCCUUCUGUCCCUGCAUCUCCAAGCAGCAGCAGUAUUGACCUAGUUGAAGAAAAGCAGUUCUGUCCCAAAUAUCCUUGUCUCAAUGGAGGCACUUGUCAGUGGACUCUCCGUGGUUCAUUUGUUUGUGCCUGUCCAGAUGGCACAUCUGGACAAUUCUGUGAAAUUCAGAGCCACUCUUCAACUUAUCCAACUGAAGCUGUUCCAUCCAAGUCCACCAUUGUCACAAAGACACCAGACAUCACUUCGCAUCAAGCAACGGCCACAUCAAUUCUGAUAGAUCUUCACCGCUAUGUUAAAAUGCGGCCUCACAUCCGUGGAAUCCGUCUGACCUACAGAAACCUCUCUGGGCCGGACCGCAGACCAAUUCCACUCAACCUUCCAAUAACAUUCCAAGAGUACACACUUCGAGGUUUGAAACCCAAUUCCACCUACAACGUGUGUGUCAGUCCUAUAGGUGCUGCGAGCGAUGCCGAGAGUGUUUGCACUCAGGCUCAUACUAAACCUGGAUCUUCUGGCACCGGUGCACAAAUUGACACCAGUGCAUAUGCAGGCACUGUGCUUGUGCCUGCAUAUGCCAUCAUGAUACUGCUGUUCCUCAUAGCGAUAGCAGUGGCAAUGGUUUUCUUUCUUCGGAGAAGGAGAGCCAAGACCCACCUGGAUCUAGAUUGUGAACCCUCCCAGUUGGGGAUGGAUGGAGUUAAAGCCGGUUUGGAUAAUGGAGCUCUGUUUCACAAGCAGCCACAACUUAUGAUCCCUGAACCUUCUGUCCAAACAAGUAGUAUGGAGUAUGAGGUGUUAUUAAUACAAGAUCAUUGUUCAUCAAAUAACAAUAUGCCCAUGCACAAGCCUUCUUACUUUUGACAGCAGGCCUUGAUGACUUAUUUCUAAAAGAGAGUUGUAUUUCCUCUGCCGUGUCCUGCCAAGUGGAAUAAUCAGAACACAUAGAGCAAGGUCUGCUGGUUGAAAGUGGAGGACGCAGAACCAGGCAACUAAUCAGCAAAAAAGAAGCUGGACUUACUAUCAAUUCACUGCUCUAUGGUUGUCCAAGAAGAGACUGAAACAUGGGAACACUUUAUGCUUGGACUUUAGAACGCACUUAUGGUGUUUCUAUGCUGAAUGCUACAAUGUCCAUCAACCAACAUGCUGUGAUGCUGAGACUAUUGGUUUUGGCUGCAAUUUAGGGGUUGGGACACUUAAAAAGCUCAUGCACUCCUCUAUGUGCGCUGCAUGUGCACUGAAAUGAGCUUGUACUGCCGUUCCCCAUCACAGAAAGCAGCAUGAACAGUCUCAGUAGUUGGUUUUGAGGCGUAGUGCAAACUCUUCAGUACUUACCAGAAGGAAUCAGUGUAUGCUGUGAAUGAUCUUUUAACCCACCAAAUGAAGUUGUACAGAGAAAAUAACUGAUGCUUGUAUUGCUUUAUUUGGAUGAAAUUGUUUUAUAAACAUGUUUUUUUUUUUAAAUACUUGUAUUUUUUUAUUGUUGUUAAAUAUUGUGAUGUUAAAACCUCUCAUAACCCUCCCCCUUGCACCCUCAACUCACUUCUUGUGACUAACAGACAAAAAACAUCAGAUUAAAACCUUUGAAGAUUAAAACUCAUUUGGUACCAGUAAAGUCAGUCAUAGGGUUUUACCUCCAGAAUAUCAGACAGUCUGAGUAGAUGGGAGUCUGGAACAAAUCAAGACUAAAUCCCCCCCAUUAUAAAGAGAAAGAGAGAAGCAGGAUUACAACAAGGUACAGAGGAGAGGAAAGGACUGAAGGUCUUGUAAUUCUAUGUUCAAUGCACUGUUUUUAAACAGCUAUAACAUUUAUUUUGCUGAAAAUUCAUCACAUAAAUCUCCGGCGACUAUUUAUUGUUUAUGUCUCAUUUUAAGGUAACUCAGCUAUUUGUUUAAGACAACUUCAGUGCAACGCAGUUCAUGGUCUGGUGGUAAAAUGAGCAAAGCAAACAGUUCACAUGUACCGUGUUUCAUAUGAGUAAAAAUAGCAUGCCCGAUGGCGUGAUAGGAGCUGUUACCUUUUGACAAGGGAGACACUAGCUUUGCAUGCUUGCAUCUAGCCACACUAUGCAAACGUCAUUUGGUGUCCACACUGUUU